AUGCCGUCUCACGGAUCCCGUACCACUGGUGGUGCCGCUGGCGCCAAGACGAGCCAGAGCGACGCAGCGCGCAUCCAGGCCGGUCAGGCGAAAGCUGGCGGCGACAUGGGCAAAGGUGGCUUCGCUGCGCGCGCUCAGGGCGCGGCCGCGCGUAACGCCGCUGCCGGAGCUGCAAGCCCGGCGACUCCUCCCAACAGCUCUGCGCCAGGUGCGAAGGCCGGCGCCGCCAAAGGCACGAAGUAG